AUGGAAAAUUAUCGUAUAGAACAUGACACAUUUGGACAAAUAAAUGUCCCUAAAGAUAAAUUAUGGGGUGCUUAAACUUAAAGAUCUCUCCAAAACUUCGAAAUAUGUACUGAUACUGACCGUAUGCCAAUUCAAUUAAUUAGAUCAUUAGCUAUAAUAAAGAAAUGUGCAGCCAAAGUAAAUAUGUCAUACGACUUAGAUUAAAAAAAAGGCUAAGCAAUAAUCUAAGCUGCUUAAGAAAUAAUAGAAGGAAAACUAGAUGACCAUUUUCCUUUAGUAGUCUGGUAAACAGGCUCUGGUACUCAAACUAAUAUGAACUUAAACGAAGUAAUUGCAAAUAGAGGAAUGUAGAUAUUUUAAGGAAUAAAAAUUCAUCCAAAUGAUGAUGUUAAUAUGUCACAAUCUUCAAAUGACACCUUUCCAUCUGCUAUGCAUUUAGCGACUGUUAUCGAGUUUAAAAAUAAACUUUUGCCUGCUUUAUAAAAUUUACAUUUAGCUUUAACUGAAAAAAUGAAUGAAUUUCAAAAUAUAAUUAAAAUAGGUAGAACACAUACAUAAGAUGCCACUCCUCUUACAUUAGGUUAAGAAUUUUCAGGCUAUGUUUAAUAAAUUCAAUAAGGAAUUUAAAGAUUAGAAUAAAAAAUUCCGUAAGUUUCUUUAUUGGCAUAAGGAGGAACUGCAGUAGGGACUGGAUUAAAUACUUAUGAAUGCUUUUCACAAAAAAUAGCUUAAGAAAUAAGUAAUGAAACUAGUAUAGAAUUUAAAACUGCCCCAAAUAAAUUCGAAGCAUUAGCUACUUGCGAUGCCUUAGUAGAUUUUUCGGGUUCUUUAAAUACUUUAGCAUGUUCUUUAAUGAAAAUUGGAAAUGAUAUAAGAUUUUUAGCCAGUGGCCCCAGAAGUGGUUUAGGGGAAUUACUUUUACCUGAAAAUGAGCCUGGUAGUUCUAUAAUGCCUGGAAAGGUAAAUCCUACAUAAUGUGAAUCAUUAACUAUGUGUUGUGCUUAGGUUAUGGGAAACCAUUUGGCAAUAACUAUAGGAGGACAACAUGGGCAUUUUGAAUUAAACGUAUUUAGGCCACUUGUUAUAAAGAAUGUUAUUCAUUCUAUUUGUUUAUUAAGUGAUUCAUGUUGUUCUUUUGUGAAAAAUUGUGUUAAAGGAAUUAAAGCUAAUGAAGAAAAAAUAAAAUAACUCAUGAAUUAAUCUUUAAUGCUUGUUACAGCUUUGAACAAACAUAUUGGGUAUGAAAAAGCAGCAUAAGUAGCAAAAAAUGCUCACAAAUAAAAUAUAACUUUACUAGAGUCUUGUUUAGAUUUAGGUUAUGUUACUGAAGAAUAGUUCAAAUAAUGGGUAAGACCUGAAGAUAUGUUGAAUUCUUCAAAAUUUAUUAAAAAAAUUUGAAAUAUUAUAUAUUAA